CACCACUCAUACUUCGGCCUUAUGUUGACUGCUUCGCGCUGCAUGCUUCUGUCUAAGAACUGUUCGAAUCCUUCUCGCAGGUUACACUGCUUAGGCAUAAGAGCUGCAUAUUGAGGGUGUAACGUUUGAGCACGGGACUAUGUAAGUACUAAGCUACACUCAUUAAAUACGAGGUACAAGAAGGUACCCGCGUCCAGUAUCGUUUCCGCGCAUAAUAUUGCUCUUGAUGCUCGCUCAAGCACCCCUUCUCGCUUCGUCAAUCCCUCUAUUGUCUAACUCCACGACAACAUUGCCAUCCCCACUAUCCACGACCCAAUCGACGUGCGCUGGAUCUGCACCGCCCACCAAUGUACCUAGCACCACCUUCCCGGUCACCGUCCCUGCACAGCCUGGAGGAACUUCAGGCCCAGUCAUUGGCCAGCCAGCAUGGGACUACACGAAUCUCAACCAAACCAACAAUGGCCCCCUACAUCUCUCCGUCUCAACCACGGGAGGGAAUAAAAGCAGUCUACUUCUCUAUGGUGUGAUGUUGGAGGAUAUCGAUCAUAGCAUCGACGGUGGCCUUUACGCGGAAACAAUUCAGAAUCGCGCGUUUCAGGACCGGACAAUGGAGGGGUGGUAUGCGGUCAAUGGGGCUUGCAUGGGGCUUACGACGGAGUUGCCGCUCUCGGACGCGCUGCCGAACUCGCUGAGAGUGGAGAUGAAAGGGCCAGGAGAAGGCUUCGCGAACGAGGGAUGGUGGGGUCUCUCGGUCCGUCCAGUAGCCUAUAACAUAUCCUUCUGGGCACGAACAUCCAGCGACGUGAAGAACUUCACCGUCAAAACAGCGCUCAUCUCAGCCGCGGACCAAAGCCACGAAUGGGUUUCCACCGAAGUCGCGCUCGCCGGCGGCCCGGACUGGACCUACUACACCGCUACCCUCACACCUGCCAUCGCAGCCCCAGACACUAACAACCUCUUCGUUAUAACAUCGACCUCCUCCCAAUCUGCAACAGUCCAGUUCAACCUCAUAUCCCUCUUCCCGCCGACCUAUAACAACCGCACUAACGGAGUGCGCCCUGACCUCAUGCAAAACCUCCUCGAUCUGAACCUCAAGCACUGCCGCAUCCCUGGUGGCAACAAUCUGGAAGGCCAAACUGUAGCCCGCCGCUGGAAAUGGAACGAAACGAUCGGCCCGCUGACGACUCGCCCGGGCCGGCCGGGCGACUGGGGAUACUACAAUACGGAUGGUAUGGGGCUGUUCGAAUGGUUGACAUUCUGCGAGGAUCUCGUAGGUGCUGAUGGCGGGACAAUUCUAGGCGUGUACGCGGGCUACUCGCUAGGCGGGGAGAGCGUGCCCGAGGAGGCCCUACAGCCGUUCAUCGACGACAUACUCCGCGAGCUAGAAUACGUGCUCGGAGCCCCAGAUUCCGCAUACGGGAGUCUGCGAGUUCGAGAUGGGCGAACCUCACCCUGGAACGUACAAUACAUCGAGAUCGGCAACGAAGACUGGUUCUCCAACACAUAUGCCUACCGCUGGCCCGCCUUCUACCAGGCCCUCAAAGCCACAUACCCAGACAAAACAUUCAUCGCAACAACCACAAAAGGCAUCCAGCUCCCCGCAGGCGUCCAGUUCGACCAGCACUUCUACGGCGACAGCCGCAAUUUCCUCGGCCUGUUUUCCGCAUGGGAUACCUGGCCGCGCGACAACGGCACCGACGUCAUCGUCUCCGAGUACUCCGUCCAGCGCUUCGACAACCAGACCUUCUCGCCCUGGCCGUUCAUGCAGGCCAGCGUCGCCGAGGCCGUCAUGGGCCUCGGCAUCGAGCGCAAUUCCGACGUCGUUAAGACGCAGAUGUAUGCCCCGUUCCUCUCGAAUCUGCACUAUGACCGCGAGGGCAAGCCGCGGCUUAUCUCGUUCGAUGCGGAUCCCGCGCAGACGGUGCUGUCGAGCAGCUACUGGGUGCUGAAACUGCUGGCCAGUACGCAUCCGGCUGAUGCGAGGGUGUUGGAGGUUGAGGGGAGCGUGCCGGUGCAUCCGUUGUAUUGGACGGCGAGUCUGGAUGUGGGUACCGCGGCGGUGUAUGUCAAGGUUGCGAAUGCGGGGGAGGGCGAGCAGGUGGUGAGUACGAAUUUACAGUGCGGGACGGCGAGUGUUGUGGAGGGGGAGAAGCUGGCGCGGAAUACGCCGGAGGAGAAGGGGACUGUGGGGAUUGAGGAGCUGGAGGUGGGUACGGGAGAGGAUGGGGGGAGUCGGGUUACGAUGCCGGGGUGGAGUGUGGCGGUUUUGACGUGUGCUGGCGUGGACGGCUGCCCGAGAGGCAACCUCCCAGAAGCCCCAGGAGCCAGACUGCGACAGCCUACUAGCCUCUAG